CCCAGCGUCCAUAAUAAAGAGGAGGUAUCGUUGUCGGGUCGGCAAUUCGUGCCCGUUCGAAGGUCCGUGGGCGACAUUGGGAAGCCUAUUCGAAAAACGAGCCUCGGUGACGACCUUACGCCGUGCCCGCGAGAGAGAAGCGCUUUUCGAUCGAGAUGUCGUACUACGGCGGUAGUCAGUAUGGGGGGGAGAAGCCGUCGGAGCGGUCGAGGUGGACGCCACUGACGAGAAUGUUGCUGUCGGGAGAGAUGACGCAGGAACGGCAAAAGGACUUGACGAUGCGAGAGAGGUUCGACAAGUGGAUGAUCAACGAAGGUUACCGGAGAUUUUUCGUCUUCGUUUUCAUGGCGCUUCACGCGCUGGUCUUCGCGUUCGGUUUCGUCAACUACGCCGUCAAGGACAACCUGCAAGUGGCGCGAGAUACCUUCGGGCCGACUUUCAUGAUUGCGCGAUCCUCCGCGUUGGUGCUCCACUUAGACGUCGCCUUGAUCCUGCUACCGGUCUGCAGGACCUUCAUCUCUAUGGCGAGGCAGACGCCUCUCAAUGGCAUUAUCCAGUUCGACAAGAACAUCACGUUCCACAUCACGACUGCCUGGUCCAUCUUCUUCUUCUCCUGGGUUCACACGAUUGCCCACUGGAACAACUUGGCUCAAGUCGCUGCUAAGAAUAAUCUAGGCAUCUACGGCUUCCUGGUCGCCAACCUGGUGUCCGGUCCGGGUUGGACAGGUUAUAUUAUGCUGGUCGCGCUCACGGGAAUGGUAGUCACGUCGUAUGAGAAACCGAGACGUGCUAACUACGAGCGAUUCUGGUACACGCACCACAUGUUCAUCGUCUUCUUCCUCUUCUGGUCUUUCCACGGCGCCUUCUGCAUGAUCCAGCCCGAUUUCGCGCCCUUCUGCGUGUCGGUCGGUAGCUCUGCCGUCGGUGUCUUCUGGCAGUACUGGAUGGUGGGUGGCUUCAUCUACCUGGCGGAGCGGGUUGCUCGCGAACUACGUGGGCGGCACAAGACCUACAUCUCCAAGGUCAUCCAGCACCCCAGCAACGUCUGCGAGAUCCAGAUCAAGAAGGAGAACACGAAGACUAAGGCCGGGCAGUACAUCUUCUUCUGCUGCCCUGAAGUUUCUCUCUGGCAAUACCACCCGUUCACCCUCACCAGCGCGCCCGAAGAGGACUACAUCUCGAUCCACGUCCGUAUCGUCGGUGACUUCACGAAGGCCCUGGCUCAGACUCUAGGGUGCGAAUUCGGCAAGGAAAGCAAGGACUCCUCGAAGGUGGUGGGUGUCGACGACCAGAGCAACGAAGUAGACCCUGCCCUAAAGCGAGUCCUACCCCGCGUCUAUAUCGACGGUCCUUUCGGGUCGGCAUCCGAAGACGUGUUCAAGUACGAAAUCUCGGUUCUCUGCGGCGCCGGUAUCGGUGUCACUCCUUUCGCGUCCAUUCUGAAGUCGAUCUGGUAUCGGAUGAACUACCCGCAGAAGAAGACUCGACUUGCGAAGGUGUACUUCUUCUGGAUCUGCAGAGAUUUCGGCUCCUUCGAGUGGUUCCGAUCGCUACUGAUGGCUAUCGAGGCCCAAGAUGUGGACAACCGAAUCGAGAUCCACACGUACCUCACGGCUAAGAUCAAGGCGGACGACGCGACUAACAUCAUGAUCAACGACGCCAACGCCGACAAGGACACGAUCACCGGCUUGCGGAGCCCGACAAAUUUCGGACGACCGAACUGGGACAUGAUUUUCCGAGGUAUCAGGAAACUGCACUCGCCUGCCGAGGCUGGUGUGUUUUUCUGCGGACCAAAGGGUCUGGGCAGCCAACUGCAUAUCUUCUGCAACAAGUACAGCGAACCUGGCUUCUCUUUCGUCUGGGGCAAAGAAAACUUCUAAGCCCCCAUAUACCACGUUCAGAACACGGUCAAAAUCAUGGCAGCGAACCCUAAUAGAGCAUCCCCCCCCAAAAUUACUGGCGCCGGACGCAGAUGACCACUGUA